CUGCCCGGGGCCCGACUGAUACGGCUGUGCUUGCAGGUGUGGUUUCAGAACAGACGGGCCAAGUGGAGGCGGCAGGAGAAGCUGGAGGUGACCUCCAUGAAGCUGCAGGACUCGCCCAUCCUCUCCUUCAACCGCUCGCCGCAGGCAACACCCAUGGGUCCUCUCAGCAGCAACCUCCCCCUGGAGACGUGGCUCAGCCCGCCAGUGCCCAGCAGCACGGCCCUGCAGACCCUGCCUGGCUUCGUGGCCUCACCGCAGAGCCUGCCCGGCAGCUACACACCACCGCCCUUCCUGAACUCUCCGGCAGUGACCCACGCGCUGCAGCCCCUGGGGGCCAUGGGGCCGCCGCCGCCUUACCAGUGUGGGGCCACCUUUGUGGACAAGUUCCCCUUGGACGAGGCAGACCCACGCAAUACGAGCAUUGCCGCCCUGCGGCUGAAGGCCAAGGAGCACAUCCAGUCCAUCGGCAAGCCCUGGCAGACAAUCUGAACUCCCCCUCAGCACCUGGGAGAAACCCAUGGGGAAGGCCCGUCCCAGGAUGAUUGAGGGACACCCUUGCCCUGCCUCGGCUGCCCCGGAUGGCUGGGCACAGGAGGGCUGUCCCUUGCACCAGCCUUUCCCCCACGCCUUGACUUGCUUUGUAUUUUGUGGUCCCUUUAAUUCCCUUUUCCACAUGCCCUGAAGAGUUAGGGGCCCAAUCAUAGCUUAGGAAAAACAAUCUCUUUUGUUCUGUCUCCUUGGCUGGAUCCUUUAGUCACAAUAAAAGCUGCAGUAGGGCAAAGAGCUGUGUAAGGUGCCUGGGAGCCCAGGUAUCCUGCCGUACCUGGGGAGGGGUUUCUGCUU